GUUAUGUUUAUUUAUGUUUUGUUUCACUGUGUUUAAGUUUCAUUUUCCCUAAUCCCUUUUGCUUGUUACCUCUGUUUGAGCAGCUUGACCAGCACAACAAAGCUGGUUUGUUAGCAUUGUUAGUUUCCAUGGUUUCAGUAGAUUAACUUUCUUGCUUGUUUCUAGUUUUGUUAAUUAUCUAGUUAUCUAGUUUGGUUUAUGUGAUCAUACUAUGUUGGAUUUAUCCUUGUGAUUACUUACUGAGUGUUCUGUUUUGGAUUUAUUCAUUAAAGAUAGUUUGUUUGUUUGUUAAACUACAUCCUUGUGUGUUUACUGCAGCAGCCACACAUUACAGAAAGAAAGAUCAGUAUCACUAAGACUUCACUCUUCCAUCUUGAUGUCACUAUGACAUACAAGAGGAAGCUUGUUUUAAGGCAAGCUCUGGGCGGUCAUUGCUCUCAAAUGAGAACAUUGAACUUGAGCUGAGACAACUUUACUUACACUCUGCUUACAUCUCAGUGAGUCUGAAUCAGAAAACUAGUCAGUAGUGAAUGCUGGUAAGUCAAAACAAUAUUUGCUCAGAAGGUAGACUCAAAUGUUUCAUUUAAGUGUUAAGUUAAAUGUAUUUACUAUGUUUAAAAAAAAAAAUCUUUUAUUUAUUUAUUUAUUUAUUUAAAGUUUUAUGCUUAAUUUUCUUUUAUAAAUUAUAAUUACAACAACAGAAAAAAAAAAAAAAAAAAAAAACGAGUACACUUUUGCUGCUGAAUUAACCAAGACUUAGUAACUUUUUUAAAAAUAUUAAAACUUGCAGCAGAUUUUAGAUAAUUAACUUUUCUUCAACCUCCACACAAUUCUUACUGGCUGCAUAAAUAACUGUGUCAUCAGCAUACAUUUGAAUACUCGCAUCAAUAUUUUUGGAAGGGCAUUAAUAUAAAGAAUAGGACCCAAGAUGGUUCCCUGAGGGAUUCUUGUUUCAAUCUCAUGGGGGAAUACUAAUGUAAUACUACACUGUUCACACAUAUAUAUAUAUAUAUAUAUAUAUAUAUGAAUCAAACCAUAACAUAGAUCGUUUUGAUAUAUUAUACUUUGAAAUUUUUGACAUUAAAAUAUUGUGAUUUACAGUAUCAAAUGCCUUUUUUUUUUUUAAAUCCAGGAAUACUGCACCAACUAUAAGUCGUUUGUCAAGUGACCGCUUAAUAUUUUCCAAUAACAAACCAGUAGCUGAUUCUGUAGAAUAAUUGUCUAAACCCAAAUUGUAAAGGGUGUAAAUGAUUAUUUAUCUCUAAAAUAAUUUAUCUCAUUGAUUUACCCUUAAAAAUUGUUCUGAUACAAGUUUCUCCAGCACUUGAAAAAAAAAAAACUGGAAGACGACGAAUUGGUCUAUAAUUAGACCAAUUCUUUGUCCUGGUCACCAGCGGCCAAUGAAGCCUUCAACACCCUGAAAGAAGCAUUCACCAGUGCACCGCUCCUCAUUCACCCCGAUCCAGAGAAGCCCUUCGUCAGCGAGGUAGACGCCUCUACCACAGGGGUAGGAGCGGUGCUCUCGCAGCAGCAAGGGAAUCCAGCCAGACUCCAUCCAUGUGCCUUCUUCUCCUGCAAACUCAGCCCGGCGGAGAGGAAUUACGACAUUGGCAAUAGAGAACUACUAGCCAUCAAGCUGGCACUCGAGGAAUGGAGGCAUUGGUUAGAAGGCGCCAAGCAUCAGUUCACUGUACUUACUGACCACAAAAAUUUGGAGUAUUUGAGGGAAGCCAAAAGAAUCAACCCCCGUCAGGCCCAUUGGGCAUUGUUCUUCACCCAUUUCAAUUUCAAUAUCUCCUAUCGUCCUGGCCCCAAGAACGUGAAGGCAGAUGCUCUAUGCUCCAGAAGAGACCAACGAGACUCCUGAACCCAUCAUCCUAGAGAACAUAAUCGUAAGCCCCAUUCAAUGGUCAGAGACCUCAGUUCCCUCUACCAAUGCUUCUGCCAAUACUCCGCCGGGCUGUCCACCCAGAUUACAGUACAUCACAAGAACUCAACGCACCUGCUAAUCCACUCUUCCCACAGAUCUCUGGGCACUGGCCACCCAGGGGCCAAUGAAACCCUCUCUCUGCUAAGAGAACGUUUCUAGUGGCCAAACAUGGCCAGGGAUGUGAGAAGGUACGUACAGGGAUGUAAGGACUGCGCCAUUUCCAAAAGCCCUCUCCAUCUACCAUCCAGCAAGCUUCUUCCUCUGCCCGUUCCCAACCGACCAUGGUCACACCUAGGAGUGGAUUUUAUCACCGAUUUACCUCCCUCCGACAACUGUACCUGCAUACUGGUGGUCAUCGACAGGUUCUCCAAAUCCUGCCAACUAAUACCCCUCAAGGGUCUUUCUACGGCCAUGGAAACAGCAGAACUCAUGUUUAACCACAUCUUCAGGUAUUAUGGUAUCCCCGAAGAUAUUGUGUUGGAUCGUGGACCCCAGUUUAUCUCACGUGUAUGGAAGCCUUCUUCGCCCUCCUAGGUGUGACCAUCAGCCUCUCAUCCGGUUACCACCUGCAGUCGAACGGGCAGACGGAACGGAAGAUCCAGGAAAUCGUCCGCUUCCUACGUACCUUCUGCCAUGGCCACCAGGACUCCUGGAACCAGUUCCUGGGUUGGGCCGAGUACGCCCAAAACUCCCUACGCCAACCUACCACUGGACUCACUCCCUUCCAGUGCGUACUCGGCUACCAACCCCCUCUGUUUCCCUGGUCCGGGGAACCAUCGGAUGUCCCUGCAGUCGACUACUGGUUCCGGGAGAGUGAGAGGGUCUGGGACGCAGCACACCACCAACUGCAACGAGCUCUCCGCAGGCGCAAGAUGACGGCCGACCUUAGACGCUCCAAGACCCCCGUAUACCAACCAGGUCAGAAGGUUUGGCUGUCUACCCGGGACAUCAGGUUGCGCCUGCCCUGCAAGAAGCUCAGUCCCAUAUUCAUUGGCCCCUUCAACAUCGUGAAGCAGAUCAACUCCGUCACGUAUCAGCUCCAACUUCCUCCACAGUACAGAAUUCACCCCACAUUCCAUGUCUCUCUCCUGAAACGUCACCACCCUUCUGUCUCUCUACCUACAGAGCCUGGCGAGGAGCCCCGCCCUUCCUCUGAUCCUGGAGGAUGGAGCUGCCUACCAAGUCAAGGAGAUCUUGGACUCCCAGCACCGUGGUGGUCAACUGGAGUAUCUAGUCGACUGGGAAGGAUAUGGUCCCGAGGAGAGCUCAUGGGUCCCCAGAGUCGACAUUCUUGAUCCCUCUCUGCUCGACACGUACCAUGCGGCUCAACCUGAUCGACCUGCUCCCCGUGGACGAGGACGACCACCACGACGUCGGGGUCCUCAACCCUCAGGAGCGGGCCGUGAAGGGAGGGGGUACUGUCCCAGACCCGCCAGGCUCAUCCAUCAGCCAAUCACAGCGCACUCCUUCUAACCACGGGCACCUGAUCCCCAUCACCACGCAAUCACCGCCAGACACUUAAGCACAGCACUCUCCGUGUAAAGUGUCUGCGUGUAUAUACUCCUACCGUUCCUGUUUGGUCCGUCCACCUCUGCACCUGCCAUCCGCCACGAGUCACUCACCUGCAACAACAAAGGACAGUAUUACCAUUCAUAUCUAUCAUCACAAGCAUCUACUUAAUAGUCACUUACCUGGUCAUCUGUUCAUCCCACGCUGUUGUAUAAAUAAAGUCACUCUUCAUACUAAUCUGUAGUCUCCCGCUCCUCUGUCCAUAACAAAGACAGGGCGGGACAUAUAGCAUUUCAUUUAUAUCAGAGGCGAUGAGCUUGGUUAAGCCACAGUCCAAUAUAUUCCCCUUUUAUAUUUAAUAUGAAUCUGUUGCUAAAGCAAAACAGUGCUGAGGAUGUGUAGUUUGAAAGGUGUAUAAGUUAUGUUGGUGCAUGGCACUAGUGUUAUCUCUCGUCAGUGCUGUUUCUAAUUCUGAGUCUGUCUAACCGUUUCUCCUCAUAGUCUCCUCCAUAUCGCUUUACAAUACAGCAUUCUGUGUAGAAUUCAAAUUGGUCCAAUACGUUUUGUAGUCUGCAAUGACUCACGCAUAUGAUCCGCUCUGUGCUAUGGUGUCUCUGGACCGGAGGAGACUGUGUGCGCACUGCGGCAGUUCGCAUGACACUAACGCGAAACCACACUUCAUUCGCCCCAACGAAAAGCAUAUUUACACUGUCUGAAUCAUUCCCAAUCCCCUAAAUAGUGCACUAUGUGCCAUUGACCAUAUAAAACAGUAAUUGUGUGAACAAAUGAUCGAUUUCAGCCGCAGCUUUAGUGUCUAUUUAUUUAUAGUGUAGUGGGCCGGACGGUUCAGAUUCUAGAGAGCAUUUGAUUGGACAGAAAAUCUGAUGCGAAGCUGAAGUGCAGGCUGAUGUCAUCAAAAUCGUUGAUAGAUAUUGGUGGAAGUGAGAGAUUUCAAGUUUUUAAUGCUUAUAUCUUCUAAAUGCAAAUUUUGUCAUUGUUUUAGAGUGCCUAGCUUAUAGAUAACCUUAAGGCUAACAUGUUCAUACUAAAAGCCAAAAAAAAUAAUAAUUUUGAUGUCUUGAUUUCUUUUGAUGAUGGUUUAAACAUCCGUUUUUGAAUGGUUACAUUGUCUUUUAAAAAUCUGCCAACGUUUGUGGAUGCCAUGCAUCAUUUAAAAGGUUAAAAUUGCAUGAUCAUUUUGGUGUAGAAUUUUUUCAAGUUGUGUGUGCUCAUGCAACAGUACCUUUAACUUCUACUAGUUUAUGAAACUGCUGUUAUUCUAAAUCAACUUCUUCAGCAUUUUACGCUAAGCAGGAAGACACACUUUCUUAUAUAGGCCCUACUGCAAAUAUCCUCCAUUGUUGCACCAAGUUUACUUCUAGAGAGUGAGGACAGCACAAGUUAGUUGUAACACCAUUGUUUUAUCUAAUUAGAAAUGUGUUGAAAGCAGAAUGGUACUUCUGUUGCAGAAUUGUGUUGAACUGUGAACUGUAUUUACAGAAACUACACAGCAACUCUGACUGUUGAACUACCAUGACGUCGAACAUCACUGCACAUCACUGCGGUACGUCAACUCAGAACCUGGUUGCAGCCGUCCUUCCUCCUUUACUCAUCAUCGAGCUGUUACUUGGUCUACCUGGCAAUGUCUUGGCACUGUCAGUUUUCAGCAAAAACCUUAAGUCUCGGAGGGCCAACGUCAUGUUCCUCUUCAACCUGGUUUUGUCUGACUUUCUGCUUCUGGUGAGCCUACCCUUCCGUAUUGACAAUUUCAUUCGUGGCGAGAAGUGGAUAUUUGGAGAUGCGUGGUGUAGGGUCAACCUAUUUAUGCUGUCAGUCAAUCGUUCGGCCAGCAUUGCAUUCAUGACCGCCGUGGCUGUUGACCGCUACUUUAAAGUGGUCCAUCCGCAUCACAAAAUUAAUCACAUAAGCACAAAACAAGCAGCUGGGGUUGCCUGCCUAAUCUGGAGUGUUGUGGUAUCUCUAAGGAUCCAUUUGCUGGCCAACAAUCUUCUGAGUGUGAAAAAUAAUGUUUCUCUUUGUAGGAGCUUCAGUAACUAUGCGAAACCAACACUAGGCAUCAGCCUGCAUUAUGCAUUGUUUAAUUUAGAGUUCUUUGUGCCUCUAUUACUUCUGGUCCUCUGCUCUGUGCGUAUUGCAUGUAUCCUACGGUCUCGCCAGAUGGACAAGAACAAGAGAGGGCAAAGGGCUAUUCGAACUGUACUAGUGAUCGUUGGGGUUUUUUCCCUCUGUUUCUUCCCUAGCAUUGCCACAGCAUUUACAGCACUCUAUUUUAAAAAUCUUGGAGAGGAGUACUGUAAGGCUUACAGUCUCACCAGCCAGUUGUUCUCUAUGUCCAUAGCCUUCACCUACCUAAACAGUGCUCUGGACCCGGUCAUCUACUGCUUCUCCAGCUCUACCUUCCGCAAUUAUUUGAAAAGAGCCAUAAACCAGACGGGAUUAAUGAAGCUACAGAUGAGCCGUCGGGACAGUAUGUCCACCGGAUAUGAUUGAAUAGACUGGGGUUUUAUGAGUGUCAGUGCAGAUUUACUGCUUAAUAUACAAUGACUUUUUCAUUAAAGUUUUGUCUAGUUUCCUUUAUGUUACAUAUAUGCAUACUAUUCUAUUUUUGGACAUAUGUUAUUUUUAUUCUAAUGCAUAUAGUACAUAAAUUGUAUAUAAAACAUCAUGUCAUAUAUAUGAUCUGAUUUUAAUGUAAUUUAUAAAUAAAUAAAUAAAAUAAAGCCACUUAUGUGGCUUUAUUUUAUUAAUUUAUUUAUUUAUGAAUUACAAUAAUGAAAAUUACAAUAAUGAAAAUUAUCUUCAUAUAUAGUUUUUUCAAUAUUAUGUAGGUGGAUCACAUCUGUUAGACAUGAUAAUCCCAAUUUCUGAUUACAGCGUUUCUGAUGGAAUCCAUAUUAUAUUAAAAUAACUUAUUUGGAGCUCUCCUUGAGCUUUACCAAUUAAAUGAACAGUCUUUUACUCUAUUAAUUAUCAAUUAGAAAUAUCAAUAUAUCAAGUAGCAUACUAACAACAAUUGACUUUUUCUUGUUUAAUCAUAAUUCAGAUUCUGUAUUAACUGUUUACAAAUGGUCUCGUGUCAGCUUGAGCUAAACACACCACCAAGAAACUGCAACAGCAACUGCAAGUAGUUUUUAUUACCUGUAUUGCUUCAUACACACAAAUGCAGGCACACAUGUGUAUAUACAGGUUGUUAGAAAUGCAGACACAGAUGAAAUUUAGCUCCAAUCAUCCUGUCAUAGCUGUAACAGAAGGCUAGAGUGGAAGCAGAAGGGGGUCUCUCAACUGCCAGUGGGGAAGAUUGCACUUCAAAGGCUCCCACACUGUCAGGAUGCAUUUAAAGAUUAUUUAAAAACCACAGGAUUCGUUACAAAAAACACAAGGUAUUUUUGGAAAAUAUCAGUGUAAUAUUGUUGCCCAUAUUUACACAUUAAAUAUAUAUAUAUAUAUAACAUACCUUGAUUCUGAGACUACUGAGAUUAAAUUGUAUCUGUUAUAAUGCCUUUGUGAUUAAGAGCCUUCAAGUCAAAAUUAAAGGGAUAGUUCACCCAAAACACAUUUCUUUUUUUUCUGUGGAUACAGUAUUUUGAAGAAUGUUGGUAACCAUGUUUUUUUUUUUUUUGGAACAGUUAUACAUUUCUUUGGGAGAAGGCUGAAUUCUGCUUCUUAUUCGUAGCUUUUUAUUGAUGCAUUCCGUUCCACCUUAAAAGAUGUGAUGCUUCCGCUUUUGUUAGCUUAUUAUUCACGCUUAACUUAGGGACUGUGCUGUUUUUCUCUUUUUUCAAGGAUUGUGUUGCUUGUGUGUCUAUUUUCAGAAUAAAAGAGUAAUAAACUUUUCAAAUGCAAAUAACAUGUGACUGUGUGUGUGUUGAUGGAUUAAUUCACAGAGAUCAGGUGGAUGGUCACUCAAGGUUGCUUUACUGGGCCUGACAGACAAAACUGGGACAAACACGACCAAAAGACUGGUUAGUGUACGGUGCAUUGAUGUUGAAUGGGAAGUCUUAGCAGCAGGGAGAGAUAUGAGACUCUGCUGCUUACACAUUUUCCAAAAGUGCACGUGACAUAGUGGACAAACUCAAAAUAAAGCAUUCAUUAAAGAAAAUAAAAUAAAACACUAAUACAGUCAAUUCACAUUAAUACAGAGAAACUAUAAACUUAAGUGACCAAUAUUUUACAUAUUUUGUAUAAAUGAAAUAUAGAAAGAGAAGAAUGCAGCCCUAAAAUGGCUCAGUUACGGUGCGUCAGUACGUGCAAGAGCAUACAGCACGUGUGCUAAUUGCUAACACUCAACUAGGGCUGAUAUUUUUUUUAACACAGAACAUGACAAAACCAAAUAAAAUACAUACCUGGGACAAACACGACCAAAAGGCUGGUUAGA